AUGAACAGGUCGUCCAUCGCCCGCGACCCAUUGCCAGUCGCCGACGUGAUAAGCCGCAGCUUUCUUGCAACCUAUGUCGUCGCCGGAAAUUGCGAUGCGAUCGCAAGAAGCCAUGUUCCAGCUGCUCUUCGCGAGGUCAUUCUGUCACCAAACGAUGCAACACUACAGGAUCGUCUUGCGCACCUUGAGCGCUUGGUGAUGACAUUCGGGCCUGAGAAGAGCUCAAGUCAAUUGGCGGAAUCGGCACAGGCAGCUGUUGGCACGCCCAUAGACGACAGCUCUGAGACUGGAAGUCUCCGCGCUGGCGCUGCAGAUCACUCAUACGUGAGUGGUGACCACUGGGGUGCCAUUCUGGAUAGCAUCGCGGACCUCAGAGACCACUUCAAUCGAGAGGAGCAGUUCAGGCUUGCUGAAAGCCCGAGGCCUGCAUCAGAGCCAACCCAGGACGUUUGUGGUAAUACGGCCUCGGGAUCCUUCCCUCCGCAACGAGCGCUUUUGCUCUACGGAUGCAGACCCGCAAGAUGUAGGGAAGAGAUUCUAUCUGCUUUACCGCCCAAGUCUACUGUCGAUCGUUAUGUCUCCCGAUACUUCAACCAUCUAGACCUAGUAGCUUCAUGCGGAAAGCUUCUGUACAUGGUCCCACGUUUCUUCGAGAGGUAUGUGAUCCGCGUUACUUGGCAUCUGCCUCUUGCUACGACUGACCAAGCGAAUCAGUAUGAAGCCUUCUGGGACGAUCCCUCCAAUGCCAGCAUCAUGUGGAUUGGGCUGCUGUAUAGCAUGAUUUGCCUAGCCCUGAUAGCUUCAGACACCGACAGCCAGGGGAUUUCUAAGGAAAUGACUCAUUACGAUCUAGAUAUUGAGGUGUACAGGGAUAAGGUAGUUCAAUGUCUCAUCAUGGGCGAAUACACCAAUGGCGGCAGCCAUACCUUGGAGACGUUCAUGAACUACGUCUAUAUCGAAUUUCGAAUCCGCGAAGAUGCCGAAAAGGAUGUCUGGUUCCUCUUGGGGAUUGAGGUGAACCUGGCAAAACGCAUGGGGUAUCAUCGCGAUCCCAAGCACUUCCCUGGCAUCACCCCACUUGAAGGAGAAAUGAGGCGAAGGGUGUGGGCGACUGUUCUUCUCGGCGAUAGUCUCAUUUCAGGCCAGAUGGGCAUGCCCCGUAUGAUCACAAGCGACCAAUUCGACACCGAAGAACCAAGGAAUCUGAAUGAUUCAGAUAUUGAAGGGGACAUCUCUGAGCUGCCUCCGCCUCGCCCGGAAACGGAGCACACCACUGCCUUGGGUAUCAUCGCAAGGAGGCGGAUUCUCAUAGCUCUGGGUGCCGUCUCAGAUCUGACCUCGUCCCUCAAGCCGUCAGGAUAUGCCGAGUACAUGAGGGUCGAUAAGAUCUUGAACGAUUCAAAAGCAAGUAUUCCACCGCCCCUGCAGCCCAAAUCAAUGGCAUCUAGCGUCACCGACUCACCACAAACGAUCAUGGCCCGCUUGUUCUUGAGCCACAUCUAUUACAAGGGACAAAUCAUGCUUCAUAGAAGAUUCCUGUUCGCAGAAUCCAUCUCGCAUGAUCUUGACACAUUCACCUAUUCCAGGAAGGCUUGCAUCAACGCGGCGCUGGAGACGUUACGUAUUCAGCAGGUCCUGGACGAAGAGACCCGCCCGGGAGGACAACUCCACAUCAUGCACUGGCGAGUUGGAUCGCUUAUGAACCAUCAUUUCCUGACAGCCACCAUGGUCCUAUGCUCGGUGGUGCACCGGCAAAGAAUGUUUGGGCAGGAUGAGGAGAUCAUGGAAGCUCUGCGAAACUCUCGAGCAAUCUGGAUGCGAAGAGGCCAACACUCGAGGGAGGCGAAGAAGGCCGCCCAAGCAGUCGGCAUCGUUCUCGCUAGGGCGGGAGGUCCGAGGUUUGACAUGCAAUUGAUGUCUCGCAGCAUGGAAGAGAUGCCAAUGGAAACGACUAGCUCGCACCAGAAGGCAGAUGAGGAAGAGGCUGCAAGAGUUUGGAAAGACGACAAAUGGCUCGAAGCAGCUCUUUGCCUUGAUCAAGGUGAGGCUGGUGGCGAGUUUGUUUUGCAAUAG